AUCGUCCGCCGCUCGGGGAGCCGGUGCCGGCGGCCGCUCGGGCUGCCCAGGCGCUGACGGGGCGGCGGGGCCGGCUCGGCGUCAAGAGCCGGGGCGGGCGGGGGCGGCGGCGGCGCCAUGGAGGAUGAAAUGCCCAAGACCCUAUACGUGGGGAACCUCUCAAGAGAUGUGACUGAAGCCCUCAUCCUCCAGCUGUUCAGCCAGAUCGGACCAUGCAAAAACUGCAAAAUGAUCAUGGAUACAGCUGGGAAUGAUCCCUACUGCUUUGUGGAGUUCUACGAGCACCGGCACGCGGCCGCAGCGCUGGCUGCCAUGAACGGCAGGAAGAUAAUGGGUAAGGAGGUCAAAGUCAACUGGGCAACAACCCCCAGCAGCCAGAAGAAGGACACAAGCAACCAUUUCCACGUCUUUGUUGGUGACCUCAGUCCAGAAAUCACAACUGAAGAUAUCAAAGCAGCUUUUGCUCCGUUUGGAAGAAUAUCAGAUGCACGGGUGGUCAAGGACAUGGCAACGGGGAAGUCAAAAGGAUACGGCUUUGUCUCCUUCUUCAAUAAAUGGGAUGCUGAGAACGCCAUCCAGCAGAUGGGCGGGCAGUGGCUGGGCGGAAGGCAGAUCAGAACCAACUGGGCAACAAGGAAACCUCCAGCUCCAAAGAGCACCUAUGAAUCCAAUGCCAAACAACUUUCUUAUGAGGAUGUGGUCAACCAAUCCAGCCCCAGCAACUGCACGGUGUACUGUGGGGGUGUCACCUCAGGGCUGACAGAACAGCUCAUGCGCCAGACCUUCUCUCCCUUUGGGCAGAUCAUGGAGAUCCGAGUCUUCCCAGAUAAAGGCUACUCCUUUGUGAGGUUUAACUCUCACGAGAGCGCCGCUCACGCCAUCGUCUCCGUCAACGGCACCACCAUCGAGGGCCACGUUGUCAAGUGCUACUGGGGCAAGGAGACACCAGACAUGAUCAGCCCAGUCCAGCAGAACCAGAUCGGGUACCCACCGGCGUACGGGCAGUGGGGACAGUGGUAUGGCAGCGCCCAGAUCGGGCAGUACGUCCCCAAUGGCUGGCAGGUCCCUGCCUAUGGGAUGUAUGGACAAGCCUGGAACCAGCAAGGCUUCAACCAGACUCAGUCCUCAGCACCCUGGAUGGGCCCCAACUACAGCGUGCAGCCCCCCCAGGGGCAGAAUGGGAGCGUGAUGGCCAACCAGAGCGGGUACCGGGUGGCUGGCUUCGAGACGCCGUGAGGAGAAGGGAGGAGGAGUUGAUAUUCACCAGAUGAAGCCUCAAGAUACCAUGUAUUUAUUUAAAAGAGAAACACACACACA